AUGGGUAGACGUCCAGCGCGGUGCUACCGCUACAUCAAAAACAAGCCAUACCCAAAAUCCCGAUUCUGUCGAGGAGUCCCAGACGCCAAGAUCAGAAUUUUCGAUUUGGGAAAGAAAAGAGCUAAUGUUGACGAGUUCCCAGCAUGCGUGCACAUGAUGUCAAACGAGCGUGAGCAUCUUUCAUCAGAAGCUCUUGAAGCCGCUCGUAUUUGCGCUAACAAAUACAUGGUCAAGAACUGCGGAAAGGUAAAUUUUUGUGCAAUCCUUUUUAAUCCUAAUAAUAACUUGAUUAUUUCAGGACGGUUUCCAUCUCCGUGUCCGUAAACAUCCAUACCACGUCACCCGUAUCAACAAAAUGCUUUCAUGCGCCGGCGCUGAUCGUCUUCAGACAGGAAUGCGUGGAGCUUACGGAAAACCACAAGGAUUGGUCGCCCGUGUUGAUAUCGGAGAUAUCCUUUUCUCAAUGAGAGUUAAGGAAGGAAACGUCAAGCACGCCAUUGAGGCCUUCCGUCGUGCCAAGUUCAAGUUCCCAGGACGUCAAAUCAUCGUCAACUCACGCAAAUGGGGAUUCACCAAAUGGGACAGAGAAGACUACGAACGCAUGCGCGCCGAAGGACGACUUGUCUCUGACGGAGUUGGAGUUCAACUUCAACGUGAACACGGACCACUCACCAAGUGGAUCAACAACCCAAUCUAA